AUGUCAUACGGUCAACCGAACCACGAACAACAAGUCCCGUAUGAGGAUGAAAUGGGUGGUUAUGCUCCAUAUAAUCAAGGUUAUGCGGAGCCUAUGUAUGAUGAGUAUGGAAAUCCCAUUUACCCAGAUGGGACUUACUAUGAUCCAAAUGUGAUGGGUGGUGAUCCAUAUGCACAAUCGUCCAUUGGACCUUACGAUGAUCAGACUAUGGAUUACCAAUCUGGUUAUUAUAAUCAACCUCGCGGUCCUGCUAUGGGUGAAAAUUUCUCCGAUUUUAGCAGUUAUGGACCACCAGGUACUCCUGGUUAUGAUGCUUACGGUGGUGCUGGUGCUUAUACACCAUCUCAGAUGUCAUAUGGUGAACCAGGAUCUUCAGGAGCUUCAACUCCAAUCUAUGGUACUGGCGAAGGUUACGAUCCACAAGCCAUUGCUAUGGCACUACCAAAUGAACCUUAUCCUGCAUGGACAGCCGAUAACCAAUCACCUGUUACCAUCGAACAAAUCGAAGAUAUCUUUAUCGAUUUGACAAAUAAAUUUGGUUUCCAAAGAGACUCUAUGAGAAACGUUUUUGAUCAGUUCAUGACUCUGCUGGAUUCCAGAUCUUCAAGAAUGUCACCAGAACAAGCAUUAUUAUCAGUUCACGCCGAUUAUAUCGGUGGUGAUACUGCCAACUAUAAAAAAUGGUAUUUUGCAGCUCAACUUGAUAUGGAUGAUGCCGUUGGUUUCAGAAACAUGCAGUUGGGUAAAUUAUCUAGAAAGGCAAGAAGAGCAAAGAAGAAGAAUAAGAAGGCAAUUCAGGAAGCUUCCUCUAAUCCAGAAGAGACUGAAGCUACUUUGAACCAACUAGAAGGUGAUAAUUCUCUAGAAGCUGCUGACUUCAGAUGGAAGACAAGAAUGAAUGAGUUGCAUCCAUUGGAAAAAGUUCGUCAAAUUGCUCUUUACUUAUUAUGCUGGGGUGAAGCCAAUCAAGUUAGAUUUACAGCUGAAUGUUUGUGUUUCAUCUACAAGUGUGCUUCAGACUAUUUAGAAUCACCAUUGUGCCAACAGCGUACAGAGCCAAUGCCAGAGGGUGAUUACCUAAAGAGAGUCAUUACACCUUUGUACCAUUUCUUGAGAGAUCAAGUUUAUGGUAUUGUCGAUGGUAGAUUCGUCAAACGUGAGAAAGAUCAUAACAAAGUUAUCGGUUAUGAUGAUGUUAACCAAUUGUUCUGGUAUCCUGAAGGUAUCGCAAGAAUUGUGUUUGAAGAUGGCACUAGAUUAAUCGACAUCCCACCUGAAGAACGCUAUGGUCGUCUAGGUGAUGUCGCUUGGGGUAAUGUUUUCUUCAAGACUUUCAAAGAAACUCGUACCUGGUUACAUUUAAUUACCAAUUUCAACCGUAUCUGGGUUAUCCAUGCUACAGUCUACUGGAUGUAUGUUGCUUACAGUGCUCCCACUUUUUACACUCAUAACUACCAACAACUGGUCGACAACCAUCCUCCCCCAGCUUAUAGAUGGGCAUCAGCAGCCCUUGGUGGUACGUUGGCAAGUUUUAUUCAAAUUGUUGCAACUCUGUGUGAAUGGAGUUUUGUUCCUCGCUACUGGGCUGGUGCUCAACACUUGUCACGUCGUUUCUGGUUUUUGUGCUUAAUCUUUGCCAUCAAUUUGGGUCCGAUCAUUUUCGUGUUUGCUUAUGAAAAGGAAACCGUUCAGAGUACUGCCGCUCAUGCAGUGGCCGCUGUUAUGUUCUUUGUUGCGGUGGCUACUUUCCUAUUUUUCGCAGUGAUGCCUCUUGGUGGGCUAUUUACUUCCUACAUGAAGGGCAGAACCAGAAAAUACGUUGCUUCCCAAACUUUCACUGCUUCCUUUGCACCUUUGAGAGGUAUGGAUAUGUGGUUAUCCUAUCUGGUCUGGAUUACCGUUUUCGCCGCCAAGUACUCUGAAUCUUACUUCUUUUUGAUUCUUUCAUUGAGAGAUCCUAUUAGAAUCUUAUCUACUAUGAACAUGAGAUGUACUGGUGAAUACUGGUGGGGUGCUACACUCUGUAGACAGCAGGGUAAAGUUGUCCUUGGUUUGAUGAUAGCUACAGAUUUUAUUCUGUUCUUCUUGGAUACUUACUUGUGGUAUAUUUUGGUUAAUGUGAUCUUCUCUGUCGGUAGAUCCUUCUGGUUAGGUAUUUCCAUUUUGACUCCAUGGAGAAAUAUCUUCUCUCGUCUACCAAAGAGAAUCUACUCCAAGAUUUUGGCUACUACUGAUAUGGAAAUCAAGUACAAGCCUAAGGUCUUGAUCUCUCAAGUGUGGAAUGCUAUUGUUAUUUCCAUGUACAGAGAACACUUGCUAGCCAUUGACCACGUUCAAAAAUUGUUGUACCAUCAAGUUCCAUCUGAAAUUGAAGGUAAGAGAACUUUAAGAGCUCCAACUUUCUUCGUAUCUCAAGAUGAUAACAACUUUGAAACGGAGUUUUUCCCCCGUAACUCUGAAGCUGAACGUCGUAUCUCUUUCUUUGCCCAAUCUUUGGCUACUCCAAUCCCUGAACCAUUACCUGUUGAUAAUAUGCCAACUUUCACUGUGAUGACUCCUCACUACUCUGAAAGAAUUUUACUAUCUUUGAGAGAAAUUAUUCGUGAAGAUGAUCAAUUCUCCAGAGUUACAUUGUUAGAGUACUUGAAGCAAUUGCAUCCAGUGGAAUGGGACUGUUUUGUCAAAGACACUAAGAUUUUGGCAGAAGAGACUGCUGCUUAUGAAGGUAACGAUGAAGAUGUGGAAAAUAAGGAAGAUGCCCUUAAGUCUCAAAUUGAUGACUUGCCCUUCUACUGUAUUGGUUUCAAAUCUGCUGCUCCUGAGUACACUUUACGUACACGUAUUUGGGCAUCUUUGAGAUCUCAAACGUUGUAUCGUACUGUUUCUGGUUUCAUGAACUACUCUAGAGCCAUUAAAUUGUUGUACCGUGUGGAAAACCCUGAAAUUGUUCAAAUGUUUGGUGGUAAUGCUGAAGGUUUAGAAAGAGAAUUGGAGAAAAUGGCAAGAAGAAAAUUCAAGUUCUUGGUUUCAAUGCAAAGAUUGACUAAAUUCAAGCCACAUGAAUUGGAAAAUGCUGAAUUCUUGUUGAGAGCCUACCCUGAUUUGCAAAUUGCCUACUUGGAUGAAGAACCUCCUGAAAAUGAAGGUGAAGAGCCAAGAAUCUACUCUGCUUUGAUUGAUGGUCACUGUGAAUUACUGGACAAUGGUCGUAGAAGACCUAAGUUCAGAGUUCAAUUGUCUGGUAACCCUAUUCUUGGUGAUGGUAAAUCUGAUAACCAAAACCAUGCUUUGAUCUUCUACAGAGGUGAAUACAUCCAAUUGAUUGAUGCUAACCAAGAUAACUAUUUGGAAGAAUGUCUAAAGAUUAGAUCUGUGCUUGCCGAGUUCGAAGAAUUGAAUGUAGAACAAGUUAACCCAUAUGCCCCUGAAUUGAAAUACGAGGAACAGAAUGCUCUACAUCCUGUCGCUAUCGUUGGUGCUAGAGAAUAUAUUUUCUCUGAAAACUCUGGUGUUCUCGGUGAUGUUGCAGCUGGUAAAGAACAAACUUUUGGUACAUUGUUUGCACGUACUCUGGCUCAAAUUGGUGGUAAGCUCCAUUAUGGUCACCCCGAUUUUGUGAAUGCUACUUACAUGACUACUAGAGGUGGUGUUUCCAAGGCACAAAAGGGUUUACAUUUGAACGAAGAUAUUUACGCCGGUAUGAAUGCUAUUUUACGUGGUGGUCGUAUCAAGCACUGUGAAUAUUACCAAUGUGGUAAAGGUAGAGAUUUAGGUUUUGGUACCAUUUUGAAUUUCACAACGAAGAUUGGUGCUGGUAUGGGUGAACAGAUGCUUUCCCGUGAGUACUACUACUUGGGUACUCAAUUGCCUAUUGACCGUUUCCUAUCCUUUUAUUUUGCUCACCCUGGUUUUCACUUGAAUAACCUGUUCAUUCAAUUGUCAUUGCAAAUGUUUAUGUUGACCUUAGUUAACAUGCACUCUUUGGCCCAUGAAGCUAUCAUGUGUAGCUACGACAGGAACAAGCCUAUUACUGAUGUUUUGUACCCAAUUGGUUGCUACAACUUGUCUCCAGUUGUUGACUGGGUCAGACGUUAUACUCUGUCUAUUUUCAUCGUUUUCUGGAUUGCAUUUGUUCCUAUCGUCGUCCAAGAAUUGGUUGAACGUGGGUUGUGGAAGGCCACUCAAAGAUUCUGCCGUCACUUGUUAUCUCUAUCUCCAAUGUUUGAAGUGUUUGCUGGUCAAAUCUACUCUGCUGCUUUGCUAAGUGAUAUGUCUGUUGGUGGUGCUCGUUACAUUUCUACUGGUCGUGGUUUUGCAACUGCACGUAUUCCAUUCUCCAUUCUUUACUCAAGAUUUGCUGGGUCUGCCAUUUACAUGGGCUCCAGAUCCAUGAUCAUGUUGUUAUUCGGUACCAUUGCCCACUGGCAAGCACCUUUGCUAUGGUUCUGGGCUUCUUUGUCAUCUUUGAUGUUCUCUCCAUUUAUAUUUAACCCACACCAAUUCUCAUGGCAAGAUUUCUUCUUGGAUUACAGAGAUUUCAUCAGAUGGUUAUCCAGAGGUAACAGCAAAUAUCAUAGAAAUUCUUGGAUCGGUUAUGUGAGAAUGUCCAGAGCUCGUAUCACUGGUUUCAAACGUAAGUUAAUCGGCGACGACUCUGAAAAAUCUGCUGGUGAUGCCGCUAGAGCUCACAGGUCUAAUAUCAUUCUUUCUGAAAUCAUCCCAUGUGCCAUCUACAGUGCUGGUUGUUUUGUUGCCUUCACAUUUAUCAAUGCCCAAACUGGUGUGAGAACAACUGAUGAUGACCGUGUGAACUCUACUUUGCGUAUCAUUAUCUGUACUUUGGGACCAAUUGUUGUAAACUUGGGUGUCCUAGCUUUCUGUGCGGGAUUAUCUUGUUGCUCUGGCCCAUUGUUCAAGAUGUGUUGUAAGAGUAGUGGUUCUGUGAUGGCUGGUGUCGCACACGGUUUUGCAGUAAUUAUCCACAUUGUAUUCUUUAUUGUCAUGUGGGUUUUGGAAGGUUUCAAUUUCGCUAGAAUGUUGAUCGGUGUUGUCACCUGUAUUCAAUGUCAAAGGUUGAUCUUCUUAUUCAUGACUACUUUCAUGUUGUCCCGUGAAUUCAAGAACGAUAGGUCUAACACUGCAUUCUGGACGGGUAAAUGGUAUGGUAUGGGAUUCGGUGCUAUGGCAUGGUCGCAACCAUACAGAGAAUUAUGUGCCAAGACUGUGGAAAUGUCUGAAUUUGCUGCAGAUUUCAUUUUGGGUCACGUAAUUCUAUUUGUCCAUUUCCCAAUUUUAUUGAUCCCACAGAUUGAUAAAUUCCACUCCAUCAUGUUGUUCUGGUUGAAACCAUCUCGUCAAAUCCGCCCACCAAUUUAUUCUUUGAAGCAAAACCGUUUGCGUAAGCGUAUGGUGAGAAAAUACAGUUACUUGUACUAUGGUGUUUUCAUUCUAUUCGCCGCAUGUAUCGUAGGUCCAGCUGUUGCAUCUUCCCAUGUUUCUAAGACUAUCGGUUCUAGUUUAACUGGUACUUUCAAGAAUUUGGUUCAACCAAGAAAUACAUCCAAUAACGAUACCGGUAAGCAAAUGUCCACUUAUGUGAGUCACUGGUUUACUUCUACUCCUUCUUUGAAGACGUGGUCCACCAAGAAAUAA